UUUUUUUAUGACCAUUUCUCUUCCCCCUCCAAGUUCUUAGCCAUGACUACGUUUGCACGAACCCAAAUCAUCUAGAUGUGUUUUGAUUGUAAUGUUAAGAAUCCUACAUGGGCAUCUUUAACAUACAGGAUCUUUCUCUACAUAGAUUGCUCGAUAGUUCACUCAAACUCAGCACUUGAUGCCUGCCUAGGAGCUGGGGUGUCAUUAGAAUCAAAAGUGAGAUUUGGUUUACAAAAAGCCAAACUGAAGGGAAGAUAAUAUGGGUUGCUUCUCUGGCAAUUUGUGGUUGAGAUUAGAAGUAUUGGGUCUUUGAAGAAAAGGUGUUCAAGGCA